AUGAAUGCUCAAGUGCAUAGACAUGCUCACAACUUCAGGGAAGUGCAGCAGUGUACUCUUUUAUCUAUCAAGACGGGUGGAUGCAGUGAGGAUUGUUCAUAUUGUCCUCAGUCCUCCAGAUAUGACACUGGAUUGAAAGCGCAAAGGCUUAUGAACAAGGAUGCUGUUAUGGAGGCGGCAAAGCAGGUGCUAUUUUUCAUCAUUUUUAAAUUCUCAUGGGUUUCUAAUAGACCCAAAUGA